AUGGUGAUUUACUGCCUCCUUCAGACUGACAGGGUGAUCUACUACCUCCUUCAGACUGACAGGCAGAUCCAAUACCUCCUUCAGACUGACAGGCUGAUCUACUGCCUCCUUCAGACUGACAGGGUUACCUACUACUUUCUUCAGACUGACAGGCUGAUAUACUGCCUCCUUCAGACUGACGGGGUAAUCUACUACCUCCUUCAGACUGACAGGGUUAUCCAACACUGCCUUCAGACUGACAGGGUGAUCUAUUGGCAUCUUCAGGCUGAUCUACUACCUCCUUCAGACUGACAUCGUGAUCUAUUACCUCCUUCAGACUGACAGGGUGAUUUACUACCUCCUUCAGCCUGACAGGCUGAUAUACUACCUCCUUCAGCCUGACAGGCUGAUCUACUACCUCCAAACUGACAGGCUGAUCUACUACCCUACUUCAGACUGACAGGGUGAUAUUAUACCUCCUUUAGACUGAGUGGCUGAUCUACUACCUCCUUCAGACUGACAGGGUGAUCUACUACCUCCUUCAGAAUGACAGGGUGAUUUACUGCAUCCUUCAGACUGACAGGCUGAUUUACUACCUCCUUCAGACUGACAGGCUGAUCUACUACCUCCUUUAGACUGACAGGGUGAUCUACUACCUCCUUCAGACUAACAGGGUGAUCUACUACCUCCUUCAGACUGACAGGCUGAUCUACUAUCUCCUGCAGACUGACAGGGUUAUCUACUACCUCUUUCAGACUGACAGGGUGAUCUACUCCAACCUUCAAACUGACAGGCUGAUCUACUACCUCCUUCAGACUGACAGGCUGAUCUACUACCUCCUUCAGACUGAGAGGCUGAUCUUCUACCUCCUUCAGACUGACAGGCUGAUUUAUUACCUCCUUCAGACUGACAGGGUUAUCUACUACCUCUUUCAGACUGACAGGAUGAUCUACUACUUCCUUCUGACUGACAGGCUGAUCUACUUCCUUCUUCAGAUUGACAGGCUGAUCUAAUACAUCACUCAGACUGACAGGCUGAUCUACAUCCUCCUUCAGACUGACAUGCUGAUCUACUACCUCCUUCAGACUGAGAGGCUGAUCUUCUACCUCUUUCAGACUGACAGGAUGAUCUACUACUUCCUUCUGACUGACAGGCUGAUCUACUUCCUCCUUCAGAUUGACAGGCUGAUCUAA